CCCUCCAUAGGCGAACUCUAAGAUGUCCCGCAUCGAAGCCCUGAAGGCACGCGGCUUCCUCUUCCAACCGCAUCGAGAGCGAGGCGGCGCAAGAUCGCUGGGGAGGGGUCCAACUACGAUUUAGAAACCUCCAUGGAUGUAAUAAGACCCUCUCAGGGGGAUCCUGACGCUGGAAGCUGGGCCGAAAACGAUGACGUGGCGUCGAGGAUCCAGAGGAUUCUGACCAGCACAGGUCAUACAAGUUCAUACAAUGGCACGGCUCUACCAGGAGCAGGACAUCUACAUGCACUCAGGGGACAGAAAGACAACAAGGGUACACACACCUUUACAAACAAUCCACACACACCUGCCGACGAGACAGGGCUCAACACACAUGAGAGGGAGAGGCUGGUCAACGGCUUGGACAGAGUGGAGAGAGUGGAUAACGGAGAAUCAAGAAGAGAGGAUAAGAAUGGGGCUCUUGACUCCAGUGCCGGGUCCAUCAGCGAGGGUCCUCUGCUGAGUGAGGGGAGUUUCUCUGAGGAUGAUGUCAGUCCUCCUCACCCCCCCUCCUCCUCACACGGUCGUUUCCCCCGAGCAGCAGCAGCAGAGCGCCUGGAGGCAGCGGAGUACUGCGCGGGGCAGAGGAAGGACUACCACAGGCUGUCGGAGUUUCAGAGGGAGGCGGCCAAGUGCUCAACCCUCAGCUACACACAGCAGGACAGCAGCAAAGCACCCUGGGAGGAGCUGAACAAAGGGAGCCCCCUGAGCGUCAUCAGCAUCUACACCAAGAACCUUCAGGGCAGACUUACAG